CUCUAAAAUCUUUUUUUUUUUUGGUAAUGGGCUCUAAAAUCACUGAUGUGGUAAGUGAAAGAAGACUUCCCCUACUCAUUGUUUCAUUAGCCUUUCCUGCGAACUCCUCGGAGCCAGAGCAUAAUCUCCGAAGCCGCGGAAAUCUGUUUCCGAUCAGAAGGGCGGAUGAAGAACCUGUUGAUCCGAAGAAAUAUCUUGAAGAGACUUGCAAGCCAAAGUGUGUGAAACCUCUUCUUGAAUAUCAGCAUUUGGAAUAUCGUGUAGUAAAUUUUUUGCGUCUCGGGGAAAUGAUUAUAGGUGCUGGGUUCACAAAGAUGGUGCCUUUGACUGACACUAGUAGAGUUAGUCCUUAGAUGUGGUUGCAACUUGAUUUGUGUGAAAGUGAGAUGGUUUUCAGGUUGGAACAAUGUCUCUGCUGUUUCUUUGUAAUUUUGUUGGCUUUAUUUUCACGUAUGAAUGACGGUUGAAAAUUCGAUCACUUCAGCAUUUGGUGCAUUCUUUGUUCUUAGUAGCUGUGAUGUCUUAUACAAUUGGGCCUUGCAUCAUUGGUUAUUAUGUGAAGUGUCUUUAUUGAUUGGAGUUACAUCGU